AUGACCAAUAUGAAUAUACUUGCAUAUCUUUUGAUAUGCCCCUUUAACUUAAUAUAUAUAUUUGACAUUCCUUCAUAUAUACAUGAAUUAAAUAAAAGGCUUGAGAAUGACGAGGUAUUUAUAUAUGGAAAGGAAAUAAGAAGGAAUGAAUCUGUAUAUUCUUUAUAUUAUGAAAAGUAUUUAUAUGAAUUGUCAAGAAGAUAUUAUGAUAUAAUAUUAAAAUAUAAUAAGGAGCUGGGGGUUGACCAAAAAGAAGAGUAUAAUUUGAUAAUGAAUAGAGGGAUAGAUGGAAAUAAAAUAAAAAAUAAUAAUAAUAAUAAUAUUAAAAAUAAUAAUAAUAUUAAAAAUAAUAACAAUAAUAAUAUUAAAAAUAAUAAUAAUAAUAUGUAUGAUGAGGAUUGUAAAUUGUCACUAUUAGAUGGAAGGGAAGAAACCCCAAUAUACGAACUAAUACAAGUAGAGAUUUUCAAGAAGAAUAUUGUUUUAAUUUAUAAAAAUGAAAAAACAAAAUCAUCAAUAAAAUUUAUAAUAAAUAAAAGAAAAGAUAUAAAUAAUUAUAUAUCUUUAUGUUAUAAUAAUUGUAUAUACAAACUAGAUAAGAAUGAUUAUAAUAUUUUAAAAAGUACAAUAAAUAAUAGUAAAGAAAAUAUAAUUAAUAGUUCUUAUAUAUAUAUGUAUAUAAUAUAUUUUUUUUUAUGUAUAUAUAUAGAAAAAAAUUUAUUUUUAUAUUUCCCUAUAUUAUUACAAAAAUAUGAAAUAAUAACAACAUUAUUUAUUGUCUUUAUUCCUUUAAUUUUUUUUGUUUUUUUUUAUUUUUAUUUAACUAUUAUCAAGUUGAUAAGUUCAUGUCUACUUUUAUAUAUAACAUUUCAAUUCAUAUAUUACACUCAUGGUAUACCUAUAAAUAUGCAACACACAAAAUUUAAACAUACACAAAAUUUUUAUUUAACUAUUAUCAAGUUGAUAAGUUCAUGUCUACUUUUAUAUAUAACAUUUCAAUUCAUAUAUUACACUCAUGGUAUACCUAUAAAUAUGCAACACACAAAAUUUAAGCAUACACAAAAGGAGGAAAUACAAGAUAUAAAAGAGGAUACAACAUAUAUCAAGAAAGAUAUAAAAGAGGAUACAACAUUUAUCAAGAAAGAUAUAAAAGAGGAUACAACAUAUAUCAAGCAAGACAAAAUAAAAAAUAAUAUAUUUUACAACUCAAAAAAGGAAGAUAUGAAUAUAUAUUCAUCUUCAAAUGAAAGAGAAGAAUAUAUUAUACACAAUUCAUUGAAACAUUUUAGAUUAAUGAAUGCAUGUAUGACAUAUAUAUGUAUCUUUGCUGUUGAUUUUUAUUUCUUUCCAAAUCAUUUUUGUAAGUCAUAUUAUUAUGGCAAUACUUUAAUGGAUAUAGGCAUAGGUGCUUCUAUAAGUUCUAGUGCAUAUUCUCAAGAAAUAAGAAAAUUUAAAUAUAUAAAAGAAAAGAAAAGAAUAAUUGAAUUAAAGCAUAUUAUAUUAUUUAUAUUAGGAAUAUCAAGAUUUAUAGGAAUAUAUCUUUUUAAUUAUAAUUAUAAUAUAAGCGAAUAUGGAAUACACUGGAAUUUUUUUUUAACCUUAUGUAUUACAUUUCUUAUAUCUAAUAUAUUCUUUAUUUUAUUAAAAAGGAUACGCUAUAUUUUUCUUUUUAGCUUAUUCUCUAUAAUUGUUUUUGAAAUAGCCAUAUACUAUUUUGAUAUACAUAAUUAUAUAUUAUUACAAAAUGAUAGAUUAAAUUUCUUUUCUUCAAACAAAGAAGGAUUAUUUAAUAUUAUCGGUUCUAUUAAUUUAUAUUUAUUUUCUUUCUCAUUAUUUAAAUAUAUAACUAAGCAGACGACAUACACAACAAUAUUGAAUAUUCAAAAAAAAAAUAAAAACAAUAUGAACAAUUUUAUGUAUUGUAAUAACCAAAUAAAUGAAUUUAAACAAGAUAAUACAAAUAAUAAUUUUAAUAAACAAAUAAAUUAUAAUAGUAAUCAAUUCGAAGAAGAAGAAGAAAAAAAAAAAAAUUUAAAAAAAAAAAAAAUUGUAUAUUAUUUCUUAUAUAUUCAUUAUAUAAUAAAUACAUAUAAAGAAAAAUAUUAUACCGUGUAUUAUAUUAUAAAAUUAAUUAUAUUAUCAUUUAUUUUUUAUAUAAUACAUAUAAUUCUUAAUAUAUAUAAAAAUUAUAGUGUACGUAUAUUAUGUAAUGCAAAUUAUAUAUUUUUAAUAACAUCACUGAGUUUGUUUUCAUGUGCCUUGAGUUUUUGUUUAGAAGACAUCUUAUUAAGAUAUAAAAAAAAAAAAAUAAAUAUUGAUAUAAAAAUAUUAGAUAAGAUGAAUAAAAAUACAUUGAUAGUUUUUCUUUUCUCGAAUAUACUUGUAGGAUUAUUCAACAUUUUAUUUCAAUCUUUAUUAUUACCUCUCAUAUUUGUAAUACCUAUAUUAGUAUUUUAUUCUAUCUUGAUUCUUGUUUUUACAAAAUAUUUACCUUCCAUACACUAUUCACAAAAAAAAAAAAAAGAAUGA